UCUCCGGCCACGGCUGGGCAGCAAGCCGAACGACGGGGGGCGGUGCGCGCAGGAGGAAACGCGCGGGUUGCGCCCCGGGAACUACCCAGACGCCGAGUCGGGAACGCCGGUCUUCGCGUCACCAUUGCCAGGUGUGCGGGGUUGGGGCGCAGUUCUGGACUGUGGCCGCCGUGCACGGGCCGGCUUUUCCUCCAGCUCACCCCGCCUGGUCUCCCAGCUCCGGGCUCCCGACUCCGAGCUCCGCGUCCAGGGCCCCAGGCCCACGCCACCAGCCACCCAGAUCCAGCCCGCUGCGCCCCUCCACGCCCCCCGCCGGCCUCUGUCUGAUGUCCUGAGCUCGCCACCGCGGGCUACGCGCCCCGCCAGGGGCUGCCCUGGCAAGUUGUGGGGCGAGGCGCGCCGGGUAUGCGCCAUCACCAUGUCCCGCCUGGACUCGUGGCUCGGUGAAGUCCAGUGGCUGGUCUUGGUGUCGCUUUUCGUUGUGGCCUUGGGCACGGUGGGCCUGUACUUGGCGCAGUGGGCGCUGGCCAGGGCGCGAUCACGGUCCCCGCGGCGGGUGGCGGAGCCUGGCGAGGACCAGCGCCCCGAGUCGGACGUGCUGCUCUCCUGGAUUCUGACGCUGAACAGCUGGAGGUGCCAGUGGCAGGCCGCCUGGGUGGCCGCCCUGAAUCAGGAGGCCAGACGAAAGGGGGGCCCACUGCCCCUCUCCUUCGAGGCGGAUCCGCAGCAGCAGCCCCUGGAGCUGGCGGUGCAGCAGGUCUGGAGUGCGGCCAGGUCUGCCCAGGAGAAGGUGGUGUCUUGUCAUGUGGUGGGCAAGACCAUCCAGUUCCUGGUCAGCGUGGGGCCAGCCGAGCCAGAGGAUGCAGGGCACCAGCAGUACGGGGUGCAGCUCGCCCCCCUUCAUUUGCAGCUGGAGCUGCACAUGAAAGAGAAGAGGGAGGACAUCCAGAUCCGGUGGUCGUUUGUCAGCGUGCCAGAGAUGGCCAUCACAGUCCAGCCCAGAGCACCGGGGGAGGACCAGGCGGCUGAGGUGAAUGCGAUCUGUGAAACUCUCAAGGACAUCUUGAAGUGCCUGGUUAGCUCCGCCUCCCCGUCGGUGGUUCUGAGCACCAAACCUGUGGACAUGAGGGAAGUGCAGAGUCUCCAGCGCACUCCGUCUGCCUCUCAGGAACCCUGCCCUCCCAAACCUCCAAGGGCUCACGAUCUCAAAUUACUGGUGAAGAACAUCCGAGCCUCGCUGCUAAACGAUCCUGGUGCUUCUUCAGGCAACCGCGACCUUCGCUGCACAGCUUACCUGAACGACCCUGUUCAGAGGUUCUCCAGCGCCCUCCUGACAAACACUGCGGACCUCACUUGGGAAGGAGAAUUCACCUUCGAGCUGAACGCCAAGUCAAAGGAGUUGCACCUGCAGAUUUCAGCGGACGGGCCGCCCUCAGAAGCCCUGCUGGCGACGACAACUGUCCCUUUAGAUUUGUUUAAGAAGCAGCCUUCCGGGCCACAGAGCUUUACACUGACCAGCGGGCCCUCGGCGGGCAGUUCGGUGCUGGGUUCAGUCACCGCAGAGUUCUGCUACGUGGAGCCCACUGAAGCCAAGUCCUGGCAGACCCCUCCGCCCGCGCCUGCUGCCAGGAUAGAAAAAGACCGCACGGUGAUGCCCUGUGGGACCGUGGUCACAACCGUCACUGCCGUGAAAACCAAGCCUCGCUUUGACACGGGGAGGGCGUCCCCACUGAGCUCUGACGCCCUGCGGACACCCGUCAAGGUGAAGGUGAUCGAGAGGGACAUCUCCGUCCAAGCCGUCCCCUGCCAUGGCGCUCCCGUCAGCAAGACGCUGUCAUCUUCGGACACAGAACUGCUGGUGUUGAAUGGCUCGGACCCGGUGGCCGAGGUCGCCAUCCGGCAGCUGCGCGAGUCCUCGAAGCUGAAGCUGAACUCGCCGCGGAAGAAGAGCACCAUCAUCAUAUCUGGGGUCUCCAAGACCUCCCUGUCUCAGGACAGCGACGCUGCCCUGAUGCUGGACUAUGCGGCCUCCACGGACAGCGCCCACGAGGUGGACACCUCGUCCCAGCCCGAGUUGGCCUUGGCCGCUGCCCCGCCUGAGGAGGAGGCCUCGGCCCAGGCCCCACUGGCUUUGGAGCCCCCGGGUUGUGAGCUGUCCUCCUGGGACUCGGAGAAGGAGUCACAGGCCGAGGCAUGGGAUGGCCAGGCCUCGCUGGACCCCGAUGGAGACCGGCUGUCAGAGAGCUCCCUGAGUGCCUGGGAGCCGGGCGCUCCCAAAAAGCAUAAAGGAGGCAUUUUAAGGAAAAGUGCAAAGCUGUUCUUCCGCCGGCGGCAUCAGCAGAAGGACCCCAGCCUGAGCCAGUCCCACAAUGACCUGGUGUUUCUGCAGCAGCCGGAGGGGACCCGGAGGAAGGGGGUCACACUCACCAGGAUCCUCAAUAAGAAGCUGCUGUCCAAGCACCGAAGCAAGAUCACCAUGAACGGUGCCCCCGGGGACCCCAGCGUGUAGGCCGAGGUGGGCAGCCUCCUUCACAGCAAUGCUGGAGACGUGGACCCCCGGACGACCUGUCUGGACAGAGCACGGAGUGCCAGUGAGCUGUCAGGUGUCCGUCAUUCCUAGCCAGGUUUCCCGAUGGUGCCAUCUUUUAAAGGGAAAGAAAAAUUGGAGUCUCUAGCUGGGCGUUUCCCCCAGAGAGAAUGGACUAACCUACUUACCACCAGUUGUCAAGGGGGACCGGGGGUCUCCGCCCCAUGGGCUGUGCUCGAAUCUAAGAGCUGAAGUUCAACACUAGAAGGAGAGUUACAUGGGAAUCAGGGAGCACACUACAGCGGGCAUGGACGGGGCAGGUGUGGGGUCCCGGUUUCACUCCCUCUGUGCUCUAACAAGCAUUGUUUUGGGUCUACGCCUGGACCACGCCACCAGGAGGAGACGACCCUCUGUGCUGUCACUUUGAUUGGAAUGCACAGGUCACCUCUUCCGUGUGGCUGCUCAGGAUGAGCAGUGCGGCUGGCCCUGAGUGCAGAGGUGGGACACAGGCAGACUUUUGUGAACAGGAACACCGCGGGGAAUGGAGACAGGACGAGAACCGCGGGAAGACGUUUGCCUUUGCUAUUAGCCAUAGAACUUGGAAAAGGAUGCAAAUACUAAACAUAUCCUAUGCAUAUUAUGCUGAACACUUUUUUAAGUUUACUUGGAGCCUGUUUGCCAGUGGGAACUACGUAUAUAAACUCUUAACAUGGUUUUUGCAUUUUCGCUCUGGCAUCCAACACGUGCACAGUUCCCACGGAGCUGUCGACACAAGGAUGUGUCCCCGUUGGGCUCCUGCAAGACAGGAACGUAGCAAAGCCUCUCCAGGGCACUUAGGGGCGAUGAGUGACAGCUGAGAGGACGUGGCACCCACAAGUGCGUGCUUGGCUUUUCCUUAGUCCGAGGUUGCUUUGCCACAUACUGCCAGUAGCUGACACAAAGUACUUUUAGGGCAAAAAAGGAAAUACUUUUACGUCUCAGGAACGGAAGGUUACUAAAAAGUGGCCCCAGCUGGCAUCAACUUCCUUUCAGGAGCUCGUCUGAAUUGAACUUUGAACAGAGCUGGACCGACUUCGGGUUGUUUUGAUUCCCAGUGGAAGACACAGUAAGCUUGGCAUACGACUUGACGGUCCCCACGUGUCCUUCAAAGCACUUUCCACUGGUCCGCACGCUGCUGAUGCUUGUUCACAAUCGUCUUGCCGGCCCCUCCUGAACGCACCGCUUUGUGGAGAUGCGCUUGUGAAACCGUGUCUGUCGUUAGGGUGAAUGGUUUUGAUGGUUUAAGAAGAUUCAUUUUCUUCCAACAAGAUUUCAAAGGCUCUUAUGAAAACUUGGCUUUUUGUCAUGGAUGUGAAAUUGGGGGCUCUCCUUUGUUCGGGCGCUUUUGUUAAUCCUUAAACAUAUAUUUCAGGGGCGGUGGAGCCAUUGAUGAGCAAAAACUUUUAUAAACACCAAAAUUAUAGACUUUUUUCCUUUUUUUUUACUUGGAGGAAGAAAUUAGAAUACUACAUUAAGAAUUUUAUCUUAAAAGGCACAUUUAAAAAUUCUUUGGUGUCCUAUGAAUUACCAAGCAAGGGUAAAAUGACUUUUUUGCCAUUGUUUUUAUAGAUUAUACUCCAGUUUUAAUUGUUGUAAAACAGCACCUGGCAUUACAAAAUACAUUAACACCAAUUCAGUCCCCACAGGGCAGUUAUCACUACAGGUCUUUUUGGGACAAUGACCACUUUAAUGUUUUGUUCUACUUGAAGGAUUUCUGUUCUUUCUCGUAGUAGGCGGACCGCAACAUGCAAGGAUUAAUUUGAAGAGGACAUUAUGUGUCCAAAAAUAAGAACACCGGUCAGAAGUUUUUAGUGCAGUUUUGGGUUUCUUUAAUCUUGAAAUUCAAGUGGACUCAAUUUAUUCCGGUGUAAUGUUAUCAGAAUUUUAAAUUGAGUUUUUCUUGCUCACCCCUCCCCUCCAGGGGAAAAACACCACAAAAACCAAAAACUUUUUAGCCAUUGCCUCUCCCGGACUGACCCCAGGAGUGCCCCAUUCCCUGCUGGAUGUGUUCGUCAAGGGCUCUGCUUUCUCAGCUUCUCCGUGACUAGAAACCUUUCCCGGAUCCUAGGAAAGUGCCCCGUGGACCUCAUCCCUCCCUGGUCUGAGAAGCAAGUGCAUUAUUAUCGUGGGUGUGGAGGAUGUUGUCAUGGAGAUCCACGUUUCUUUGUGUCUGUGGGGUAGACAUGAGACCCCUGUCCGUUUGACUAUGACCCAGGAGUCUGUCCUCUGGAUACACACACUCUGUCUCCACAAUGGCCUUUUCUGAAGUCACGGAAGACAUGGAGUGGAGCAGGGUGGAGCAGGAGAAAAGGACGUCAGCGGAGCGCCAUGAGACAAGGGGCUGAGCCCCUACUGUGAAUGCUUCUUCUCCAAGCUGUGUGUCCAGGUGUGGUUUUUAAUGGCAUCGGGUAUUUAUGUUAAAGUCAAUGUCAUUACGGUGAAAUAUCAAUUACAAUGACACACCAGACACAAAACACGCUGAUUUGCGAACUACCUGACCUUUUUUUUUUUUGAGGCAGAUGGCUACAUUCUGUUUAUUUUUUAUUUUUUAUUUAUUUCUACCUGACCUUUUGACACGCUGUAGUAGCUCCAGGCCCUCCCUUUUCUGUUUUGGUCGUGGUGAAGUUUUUUCAGGAUGGCAUUUUAAUAGCGAUUCCUCAUGCGCACUAAUCUGAUGCGUGUCUGGGACCAGGUGUGUGGGAGGGUUUAAUGAGCUGGCAGCGCUUCCGUGCGCUUUGCAGAAGGGUGUCCUG